GUCUUCUGCUUCAGAAAACUUAGGUACUUCUGACAAGAAGUUAGUAACGUGCGGUGACAACUUUACGCACAGGGAUUAAACCACGCCACUUAAAUAACGCAACCCGUGGUCAUAGAAGAGAGGGGGUCACAGCAGUGUAGCCUACUGUGCGACUAUAGCCUUUUGUAUCGACUUUGCACGUUACUGAUUGACAACACUUGAUUACAUCCGACCCCACGUGGAGAAAACCAGGGUUCAUGUGUGACAUAUACAGCCUGGAUUCGCAGUGCGUGUCACCACAAUGCAAGAUGAGUUGGUCAAUGGAGCCUGCCAAUUUCUACGACAAUAACAAGAGGAGCGGUCUUCAGGAGGUCUGCAAGCCCGGGCGAGGGGAUGGCACGGGCGAAGACGGCACCAUGGCCGAGUUAAGCACAGCUCCUGCGAUGUACGACGAUGAGAGUGCCAUUGACUUCAGCUCGUACAUAGAGUCCAUGACAGCGGUGCCAAACCUUGAGCUUUGCAACGACGAACUUUUUCUCGAUCUGUUCAAUACUGUGAAACAAGAAAAGAAUGAUUUCUACAUGCAAAACUCGACAAUCAACAACCCGCAGCAGCUGUCAACCAACACAUACACAGUCGUUGGAAGCCAAAAAGAAUUCGAGAGGAAACUCGACGUUGGAUAUGACAAGAUGUUCAGUGCACCAAUUAAACAUGAGCCGGAUUGGAGUGACAGUGAAAUGUCCUCGUCACUACCUUCCCAGAUAGAAACCUGCGCACAGACCUCGGUCAGUUUGCCUAUGGGACAACCUACGCCACCAUCAACCCCAGAGCCGCUCUCUUCCGCGAGCUCAGCCCACUCCUCACCUCGUAAAAUCGGAAAGGAGAGGGUGAAAAAGUCUGUUGACAGAUACAGCCACGAAUAUCGUCAGAGACGGGAGAGGAAUAACAUUGCUGUGAGGAAAAGCAGGGACAAGGCAAAGCAACGCAACCUUGACGUACAGCAAAAUAUGAUUGAACUGGCUGCGGAGAACGACAGAUUACACAAAACUAUAGAGCAGCUAACUCGCGAGUUGACCGGUUUGAGAGAAUUCUUCAAGCAGUCAUCGUUUGGGUCCACGGGUGCGGACAGUCGAUAAUAGAUUAUUGGCAUCUCUAAACGGAACUUUUAAAGACAUACCUCAUACAUAUUUACCAUCUGUAACAGAUGCAUUUUAAAGCUUACCUUCAUGGCACUGGAAAUGUUGGACGGAGCCUACUCAUGUUGAUGCCAUAAUCUUUUUUCGGGGGAAAAAUGCAUUUUUUUACAUUAAAUUAUUUUACCACUUCAUUUACAUGUUUUUAUACCAGAUAUGGUACAUGUUUUAUAAUUCCAAACUUUGUAAAAAAGCCAGAGCAUGUUUGAAUUUUAUAUAGUUUGUAUAAAACAUUGAAAUACUUGGAAUCUAUAAUAAAAUUGCUGAAAAGUUA